AUGAGGGAGAUCCUCCACGUCCAAGGCGGCCAAUGCGGAAACCAAAUCGGUUCCAAAUUCUGGGAAGUCAUCUGCGACGAGCACGGCGUUGAUCCCACCGGUCGAUACAACGGCGAAUCCGCCGAUCUCCAGCUCGAGCGCAUCAACGUAUACUACAACGAGGCUUCCGGCGGGAGGUACGUCCCUCGCGCGGUGCUCAUGGAUCUCGAGCCUGGUACUAUGGACAGCAUCAGAUCCGGGCCGUACGGUCAGAUUUUCCGUCCCGAUAACUUCGUUUUCGGUCAGUCCGGCGCCGGUAACAACUGGGCGAAAGGUCAUUAUACUGAAGGCGCUGAGCUCAUCGACGCUGUUCUCGAUGUUGUUCGUAAGGAGGCCGAGAACUGCGACUGCCUUCAAGGGUUUCAAGUGUGUCACUCGCUUGGAGGAGGCACAGGAUCAGGAAUGGGAACGCUACUGAUAUCAAAGAUCCGAGAGGAAUAUCCAGACAGAAUGAUGCUCACAUUCUCUGUUUUCCCAUCUCCAAAGGUCUCAGACACAGUCGUCGAGCCGUACAACGCCACUCUCUCCGUCCACCAGCUCGUAGAGAACGCCGACGAGUGCAUGGUCCUCGACAACGAAGCUCUCUACGACAUCUGCUUCCGCACUCUCAAACUCAGCACUCCUAGCUUUGGAGACUUGAACCAUUUGAUCUCUGCGACAAUGAGUGGCGUGACUUGCUCUCUACGUUUCCCAGGACAACUCAACUCCGACCUAAGAAAACUCGCCGUGAACCUAAUCCCAUUCCCUCGUCUCCACUUCUUCAUGGUCGGUUUCGCGCCGCUCACUUCCCGCGGCUCGCAGCAGUACAUCUCUCUCACAGUCCCGGAGCUGACGCAGCAAAUGUGGGACGCCAAGAACAUGAUGUGCGCAGCCGAUCCUCGCCACGGACGUUACCUCACAGCGUCCGCCAUGUUCAGAGGCAAAAUGAGCACGAAGGAAGUAGACGAACAGAUCUUGAACGUACAGAACAAAAACUCUUCCUACUUCGUCGAGUGGAUCCCGAACAACGUCAAGUCCAGCGUCUGUGACAUCCCGCCGACGGGAAUCUCAAUGGCGUCCACGUUCGUCGGAAACUCCACGUCGAUCCAGGAGAUGUUUAGGAGAGUGAGCGAACAGUUCACGGCGAUGUUUAGGCGUAAAGCUUUUUUGCAUUGGUACACUGGUGAAGGUAUGGAUGAGAUGGAGUUUACUGAAGCUGAGAGUAACAUGAAUGAUCUUGUCGCUGAGUAUCAGCAGUAUCAAGAUGCUACUGCUGAUGAAGAAGGUGAGUAUGAGGAUGAAGAAGAAGGAGAAGAAGUUUACGAGUCUUGA